GCAAAGAAAAAAGGCCGAGCUCUGAGAAGAACUACUAAAGAGGCAGAGCUGUUGCAGUUCAAUGAGAGGGCAGAACAUAAUUCCUUCAAGGCCUCACCCACAGAGCUCCUGAAAGGCUCUUUAAAGAAAGAAGUGACUGCACUCAAGGGCUCACAGAGUCUGAAAAACACACCCAAAAAAGUCACAUCCAAAGGCAAAGAGAACAUCACCAAGCAGCCCAAUAAAAUCAAGACUCAUGAAGACGGGCAAGUUCAAAAUAAAUCACCAAAACUAUCAGCAUCGAGCCCCAAAACUCCACAGUCUGUGCGGAAGACUCUGACUGAAGCACAGCAGAGGCUGACUGAAGUGAAGAGAAAUGAGAGGAGAAAUAGAAAUGUGAGAGAAAAUAAUAUAAAUCAAAAGGAUAUGAAAGCCAGUAAUUUCAAGAAAAACUUGACACCAAAAAAGGAGGGAAAUAAAUCACCCUCUUUAGAGAGGACAUCUCCUGUUAUUAUGGUCACUACAGGAAGUGAAGCAACCUGCAUAUCUGUCCAAAGUGGAAGUUUGUCAUCCGUAGAAAAAGAUGCAGAAACUCAGAGUGAAACCAAUGAUGUCAAACCUGUUGAAGAGGAGACACAGCAAGUCAAAUCAACUCCAACAAAACAUUCACAUAAGGUUAAAUCUUCACCAGGGAAAGGUCAAAGUAUAGCAGUGAAUAUAAAAUCACCACCAGUGAAAAAGGAAACCACACCUGUCUACACACUUCAAGACAUCACUAAGAAAUCACCAAGUGUGAAAUCCACACCUGUGAGAGUUAAAGAGGUCAAAUCCACACCAGUCAAAAACCAAAGUAAAAGGGCAGAAAGUACUCCAGCUAAAAGUAAAGGCAAAGGGAAAGUUGUGGAAAAAGAAGUGAAAGCAGCUCAAAAAACCAAAAGUAGAACUGCAGAUAAGGAGAAGAUACCUGAAGGUCACGGCACUAAAGCAAAGGAUAAAAAGAAGGCAAAAACAAAACCAGCUGGAGAGGGAGGAGAUCAUAUCAGAGUUAAAGAAGAAGCUCAGGAUAACACGAGCGCCAAGCCAAACAGUGAGCAGACUGAAGCUUCCAGCCUGCUGUUAUCACAGCAGGAUACACCUAUUGAAGCGCUCUACAACCCCAUUUCCUCACAAAGCACUCAGAGAACAGAGACGGUUUCAGUCGCUGGUGCCAAAUCCCCACAAGGCCCGGCACCUGUUGAUAAGGAUCUGCUUGUUCCUGGAACACCCAGAGAGGAUCCUCCGAGUCUGACUGAAGGAAAGCCAAGGCUGGGGGAAAUCCUCGGCACGGCAGCUGCUCUUCUUCCUGUUGCUGGGAUAGCAGGUGCUGCUAUGGGGGUCCUCGGUGAGGCAGUGACAAGCGUAGGUAGUUUCCAGUCCGACAGUGACACCAUUUCUUCUACACCAUUUAAAGCACCUGGUCGAGGAAGGCAAUUCACAAAGCAGAGUGCGGUUAUGCAACCUUCUUUUUCCUCGACGUUGUCACAGGAGACGUCAAAUCCACCAGAAGACAGCACCAAGACAGAUGUUCAGGUCAACAAGGAUGUCACUGAAGACGAGGAAAGUGACGACACCACUCAGUCACAACUGGCGGAGGUGAAAAGUGAAGAGGCGAAGAACAAUGGCACAGACGUGGAAACUUCCCAGCAAGAACAUGAAGAAGAUGAGAAACCCAACAGGGAUCAUGAGGGAGAAGAAACAGAUACUGAAGAUGAGGAAAAGAAGGAAGAUGAAGAGGGGGAGAGUGGAAGUGAUGUAGAGGACAAAGAAGAAGAGGAAGAGGGGGGUGAAAGCAGCGAGGAGGAAAUGAGUGUUUCUGGAGAGGGUGAGGAAGAGCAAGAUAAUGAAACUGCAGAGGAAGAUGGUGAGGAGGAAACUGGCUCAAGCAGUGAGGAAGAGGAUGAAGGAAGCAAGAAGAGCGAUGUCAUAGAUGCUGAAGAGGAGGAGGAAGCAAGUAUAGAGGAAGAGGGUGGAGGAGGGAGUGAGUCUGAGGUAAGUGAGGCAGCAGAGGAGGAGGAGGAGGGAAGUGAAGGGGCCAGUGAAGGAGAGAAUAAAGAGGAAGAGGAAGAAAGUGAGGUGAGUGAGGAUGAAGAAGAUGAAAGUGGGGAAGAGUCUGGGAGCAGCAAGAUCAAAGAGUCAGAGGAGGAGGAGGAUGGAGAGGGAAAUGACUCUGAUGAAGACGACAAUGAAGAAGAAGAAGAAAAUGAGGUUGACGCAGAGGAAGAGGGUGAAACUGAGGAACAAAAAGAUUCCUCCGAAAGCGAGGAUGAGGAAAAACACUCGGAGGAAGAUGAAGAGAGUGAAGGGGAGGAAGAGGACAAACAGGAUGAAGAGAGUGUUGAAAAUGAGAAGGAGGAAGAUGACAGUGAGGCCGAAGAAGACGAGGGUGAACAGGAUGAAAAGAGCGACAAAGAAAAUGAGGAGGAGGAGGAGGAGGAGGAGGGUGAGGAGGAAGCGUCCUCAGAUGAGGGGAAAGCAGAGGACGAGACUGCGGAGGAGGAAGAGGAGGAUGAGGAGGUAGAAAAAGAAGAAGAUGAGAAGGAGGUUACAGAGGAGGAAGAAGAGGAUGAGGGGGACGAAGAUGAGGAUAAAAGGGAGGUUACAGAGGAUGAAGAAGAGGAUGAGGAGGUAGAAGAAGAGGACCAAAAGGAGGCUACAGAGGAUGAAGAUGAGGAUGAGGAAGAAGAGGAUAAGAAGGAGGAUACAGAGGAGGAAGAAGAAGAGGGUGAGGAAGAGGAGAAUAAAGAG